GAGCCUGGCACCCGGAGCAGCCGCUUCCCCCUCCCUCUGCCAAGACCGCUAGAAGCCCCUUCUCAUCCAUCUUCCCGGGGAGGGGGCAAGGAGGGCUGAGCUGCCCCAGGCCGGCGGGGCGGAGCCCAGAGCCCCUCCGAGCGCUGCGGACCGAACCUCACCUCCCUUCCAGGGCUCAAGUGUGAGUGACUGCCCCAUGUUGUGUUGAUGCCAGUCUGCCAUGCUAGCCUGUCUACCAGGGCCAGGUGACCUGUCCUUUCAGCUUCUUUCUCACACGCAGAUGAACACUGGACUUCAGAAAUGGGACACUACACAGAAAAUGAGAACUGCUCACUAUCCUACCCCAGCCGAAUUGGACGCGUAUGCUAAGAAGGUCGCAAACAACCCACUGACUAUAAAAAUCUUCCCCAACAGUGUGAAGGUUCCCCAGCGGAAACACGUUCGUCGUACUGUGAACGGCCUCGACACAUCAGCCCAGCGCUACAGCCCCUACCCGACUCAGGCUGCCACCAAGGCAGGCCUGCUUGCCAUUGUCAAAGUGCCAGCCAAAAGCAUACUCAAGGACUUUGACGGCACCCGAGCCCGGUUGCUCCCUGAGGCCAUCAUGAAUCCCCCAGUGGCGCCCUAUGCUACUGUGGCACCCAGCACUUUAGCCCACCCCCAGGCCCAGGCUCUGGCCCGCCAGCAGGCCCUGCAGCAUGCACAGACCCUGGCCCAUGCCCCUCCCCAGACGCUGCAGCACCCUCAGGGUAUCCCACCACCCCAGGCACUGUCCCACCCUCAGAGCCUCCAGCAGCCUCAGGGCCUGGGCCACCCUCAGCCCAUGGCCCAAACCCAGGGCUUGGUCCACCCUCAGGCCCUGUCUCACCAGGGUCUCCAGCACCCCCCCAAUCCCUUGCUGCAUGGAGGCCGGAAGAUGCCAGACUCAGAUGCCCCCCCGAAUGUGACCGUGUCUACCUCAACUAUCCCCCUUUCAAUGGCGGCCACCCUGCAGCACAGCCAGCCCCCGGACCUGAGCAGCAUCGUGCACCAGAUCAACCAGUUUUGCCAGACGAGGGCAGGCAUCAGCACUACCUCAGUGUGUGAGGGCCAGAUCGCCAACCCCAGCCCCAUUAGUCGCAGUCUGCUCAUCAAUGCAAGCACCCGGGUGUCGACCCACAGCGUCCCCACACCAAUGCCUUCAUGUGUGGUCAACCCCAUGGAGCACACCCAUGCGGCCACAGCCGCACUGCCUGCCGCAGGCCCUGUCAACCUGCCCACGGGCAUCUCUCGAGCCCCCACUGGCUACCCUAGCGACCUCAAGCCAGUCGCCUGGAACCAGCACCAGCUGGCCCACCUACAGCAGAUGUGCAGUGAGGCUGGUGGGACGCCAGCCCCUGGUCUGACAGGCAAGCAUGGGGCAGGACGCGAGUUGGCAGGGCCUGGCUUUGUGGGCAAGGCCCCUGCCUACCCGCAGGAACUCUGCCUGGCACAGUCCUUCCAUCUGAAGCCACCCCUGGAGAAGCCAACCCCAUCCCCACCAGUCAACGGCCUGGCAGCCCCAUUGGCCUAUCCCAAUGGUCACUACUUCCAGCCCCUGUGGAACAACAUUCUGCCCACUCCCAAUAGCGACAGCUCGGGGUCUCAGGACCUCGCCAUGCCGUUCCAUGGUGGGCAGCCCACAGGUGCACCCCUCGACUGUGCAGCGGCUGCUGGGGCCCACUACCGAGCAGGGACCGGGGGCGGUCCAGUGGCCAGCCAGAACAGCUUGAUGCAAACAGUGGAUUACCUAAGUGGGGAUUUCCAGCAGGCCUGCUUCCGAGAACAGAGCCUAGCCAUGCUGAGCAAGGCCCACCGAGCCCCUGGCAACCGAGCCCCUGAUCCCACAGAUAGUCGAAGUCUUCAUAUUCAGCACCCUGGGUAUAGAUAGGUGGCCCCGGUGCCCUCCACAAAGCUCCACAUCGUACAUCACCCACCCAGUUUAGUCUUACUUUUGAGUAAUUGGAUAGUUUCAAAGUUUCACUGCUCCAAUGUGAUCAUUCUUAGGUGUCUAAGAAAGGGAAUUUGGUGGGAUCUAAUUGAGGACCGAGGGUCCUCUGUGCCCUUAUCCUCCCCUCCACGAACUCCAGCAACUUUUGGGUUUAUGUUAGGACCUAAUCCCAACCCUAGGCUUUUCUCUUCGCUGUCUGCCUGUCUCUCCCUGCCCCCUCUUUGGGCCAUUUCCCACCACCCGCCUCCUGUCUUUUCCUGGUUCUCUGCCUGUUUCCCUUAGGACUGAGAUGUGGGCCAAGGGAAGGGUCCUAGGUGCAGUAGCUGUAGGUGCCCAGCCCCCUUAGCUAGGCCUCUGUCUGUCUGUCUGUCUCUCUCUCUUUGGGACUAAGAAGCCAGACCUCCCAAGUCUUCUCUAAAAGCUAAUUCCUUAUUCACCCAAAGACCUGAAAUCAAAGCUGACCCAGUCUUCAUCGCCUCCCAGCCCCUCUCCAUUCCUCAAGGCUUUGUUUUACAUCACAGUGACCCCAGCGCCACUGCACUUGUCCUUGCCGCACUCCUCCAGGGCAUCCUGCAGGCACUUGGUCAUAGCCUUGAGAUGUGGGGGUAAAGUCGGUCUUCGCAUUGAUAUCUUGGUUCCUGACUUCCCUUUCUAGCCCUAGAGAAAUGCAGUGAGCAUCCAGCAUACCCAAGAUCCCUUUCUCACAAGCCUCUCUCCUGACUCACCUGCUGCUCUCAUCCCCCAACCCCCUCAAAAAAAACAAGCAAAGCAAACAAAAAAACCGAUCUUACUUGAGGAAUUAGGUAAGGGAUGAUCACAUUGGAGUUUGGAAUUAAAAACACCAAAAAAAAAAAAAAUAGUUAAAAUGCAUUUGGUUCUCUACACUGGCUAAAAAUAUCGCUCUACACUGUAAGUUUUAAAUGUCAUGUUUCUGUAUGAAUGUAGUGUGGGUUUGAGUAGCAUUGUGUGUGAGUGGCCCCACAGGUACAUUCACCCUCUAGUCAUCUCCUUUCAAAGCCCCUCAGUUUAAUGAAGAAAGAAAGAAAAAAACACAAAGCCUUAAGCUCUUUGAAUUCUUCCUUUACCAAAUGAGCAUGGUUCUAACAGCUGGAGAUGGGCCUACACUGGAAACAGCCCCUCCUGCCCCUCGCCCAUUCUUGGCGCAUACCCCCAUCCACUCCAUGCUCAACGUGUCUCAUUCCCAAGUGAUCAUUAGCUGGCUAGAAUUUUAAAACUUUUCUGUAACUUUAAACUUAGAUUGUUUCGUUGUAAUUUUUUGCCCCCUUCUGUUAAAGAUGCAUAGUUGGGCUCUGACUUUUUUUUUUAAAGAAACCAAAUAAGUCCUUACCUUUCCUCUUGUCUCGGGGGAAUGUGAGCUGAUGUUCUUAUUUAAGAUUUUGGGUUUUGUUUACUAUCCACUGUUCUUUAGCUAGAAAUUCUCUAGUGAUCUGAAACAAUGUGACUGAAGACCAGUUUUUAAAUUAUGUGUUGGCAAGUUGCCUUAUAUUUAAACAGAGAAAAAAAAGAAAAAAUUGCCUGAUUGUGUUAUGCCAAAUGAUAGCAACAUGAAGUCCUAAUUUAUUGUUCCAGAUUGUUUUCCUGCUGUCUGUGAACACUGGUACCUCCCUGUCCCUGAGCCUUCAGGAGCACCUGCAGCUUCUGGUGCAAUGCCUCCUCCCAAGGCGUUGGCCACCCUCUCACCCAGGGCCCCUUCCAGGUCUCACUUCUCUGAGUUAAAUUGAAAGAGCACCACUGUCUUCCCUUAUCCCAUGCCCCAUCUCCAAACCAGAUAUUUUUGGUGUAAUUUUUUCCAAUGCCUCUCCCCGAAAGGUGAGCUUCUGUUUUAGGAAAUUGGACCAGACACCAACUUAGGGGCUUUAAAUCAAACCUCAAACCCAUCUCUUCCUGUGUCGGGGUGCAAGUCUCUGAAGCUCUCACUCCCACUCCUAGUCUGCAUGGAAAAUGUACUGUGACCCACCCUCCCCACCCCCAACUGCCCUUGCCUUUGGUGUGAGAUGUUUCCUAGUUCACCCUGAGCCCUUUUCCCCUUCUGCCAGCCAAUCCCCAACCAGCAAUAAGGGUCCAAGCCAGGGCCUCCUAUCUGCAGUCCCUGCCUCCAUCCCACACUGCCCCUAGGGAAUACCUGGAUUCCUGCACUGUCCACAUACUGUAGCAUUCAUUUUCCAUCUCCCUCAUCUUCUCACCUGUGGUGGUUUAUGGGUGUGAUGGGGUUUUUAAAAUUAUUAUAAACCAGUAAAAAGAAAAAAACUCACCUUUUGAUCUUGUCCUAGUCGUUUAAUGCUGUCA